AUGUUCUACGAAAACACUUCAGCGGGGGAAGCCAGCGUCUUCUACGCUCCAGGGGAGCGUCAUGGACGGCUGAGACGCCUCCUCUCGCACGGGUUCUCGGAAAAGGCGAUGAGAGAGCAGGAAGAGACGAUCCAGAAAUAUGUCUCUGCAUUCAUCCGACGGCUGCAUGAGCACUGCGCUGCAGGAAAGUCGACUGUGGAUAUGGUGCAGUGGUACAACAGAUUUGUGCCAGCUCGUCUGGUCCAAGUUCGCAAAGACCAUUGGCAGAUGACACGAGAAAAGGCCAUGCGGCGCUGGCAGAUGCGCGGGAAACGGUCCGAUCUGGUGACUCGGAUCACGGACCCGGACAGCGGCAUAACGCUGCACGAGUUUAUUGCCAACUCGACGACCUUGGCGAUUUCAGGGAGUGACACGACGUCGACAGUCUUGUCUGGCGUGAUGUAUUAUCUGGUCAAAAACCCGGAAAAACUCCGCAAGCUGGAGCAGGAAGUCCGGAGCACAUUCUCCUCGGAAGAAGAAAUCAACAUCACCACCGUAAACGGUCUGUCGUACAUGCUGGCGUGUCCUGAUGAGGCAAUGCGUAUCUAUCCUCCCGUCGCGGGCAAUUUACCGCACAGGACGAGAAUUCCCGAGCAGAUGGCCUGUGGUUUCGUUCCUGCAGAUGUGUAUCCUGAAGUGUUUGCAACCAUGCUAUUAACUGACCGUGGCAGACGACCAUUUCCGUCUUCAACUAUGCCAUGUGCCAUUCGUCCAAGCAUUUCACCCAACCCGACGAGUUCAUUCCAGAACGUUGGCUAG